AUGGAUGGACCACCGAGUGUAGAGGAAUUGACAAGACUCCUACGAGAAGCUGAGCAGCGCGCGGAGGAAGCAGAGAGAGAACGACAGGAGGAGAGACAACGCGCCGAUGAAGCAGAGAGAGAACGGCAGGAGGAGCGACAACGCGCCGAGAGGGAACAACAACGCGCCGAUGAAGCAGAGAGAGAACGGCAGGAGGAGCGACAACGCGCCGAUGAAGCAGAGAGAGAACGGCAGGAGGAGCGACAACGCGCCGAUGAAGCAGAGAGAGAACGGCAGGAGGAGCGACAACGCGCCGAUGAAGCAGAGAGAGAACGGCAGGAGGAGCGACAACGCGCCGAUGAAGCAGAGAGAGAACGGCAGGAGGAGCGACAACGCGCCGAUGAAGCAGAGGAACAAACACGACUCACGACGCUUGACGAAUACAUUGCAGCUUGCCAUGACUCCGUUUUCUCUCGCUUCGCCAUCGAAACAGAUCCAAAACUGACCUCAAAGGGCCCGUUGACCAACCCGCGUAACAAGUGGUGUCCUAAAAACCUCAGGCCAUGGCCCAACUUCCUUCAUCAACAGAAGGUCACCUUCGGUACACUGCACCAUUCAUUUCCUACCGAAAGCCGCCUUUUCGAGAACCGAAACUUCCUGGCCGGCAUGGGGAACCGGGUCUCCCAACGACCGAUAGGAGACGAGAAGACGCUCGAAUAUUUCCUACAUAAUAGCGUGGAGGAUCCGGUUAGGGCCAUCGUACAACAGCUUAAACAGGUCGAAGAGGUCGGCAGGGAUUUUCAGAUCGGAGAUGGUGUCGUCUUUGAGAACCAUCCCCAUGCCCUCAGCGAUGUUGCCGAAGAAGUGGUUGAGAGGGAGACCCCAUCGACACCGCCGCGGACGCCGGACCACGGAAUAGAUCUCAACCAGUUGCGGCCGGAUCAAAUCUGCGUCUAUCGAUCCGACAACACGCCGUCUUCCCAGCGCACAAUGGUUUACGUUUCCGAGUACAAGCCGCCCCACAAGCUGACCGCUCCGCACCUUCGCCUCGGUCUCCGCCCCAUGGACAUCUACAGGGAAGUUGUGAACCGAAGGACGAUUCCAACUUCUAUUAACCCUGACGCGCGUUUCCAGUACCACGCGGAGAAGCUGACGGCAUCUGCCAUCACGCAGACGUAUCACUACAUGAUUGAAAGCGGCCUUGGGUAUGGUCUUCUUACUACUGGCGAGGCUAUUGUGUUUCUCAACAUCGACUGGGACGACGACCCUGAGACUCUGUACUAUCAUCUAGCAGAGCCUGGUCCGGAGGUGUCGGCACAUCCAAACAACCUCCAUAUAUGCACGGCUGUCGGUCAAUAUCUAGCGUUCACCCUCAUGGCUCUCGGUGCGCCUGGAGAGCGACGGGAGAUUAGCCAGGAGGAACGUCAAAAAGCUAUGAAUGGCUUGAAGAGGUGGUCUGAGGACUUCGAAUCGACAUUCCGUUCUAUCCCAGAAAAUGAACGAUCGGUGUCGUCAGCCUACUCUCCUGGCCAUGAACCUACCACCUACAAGGAUGUCGAUCGGUCGCCGGCCUUGCCGCGCAGAAGGACGCGUCGAACUGCCAAGUGCCAGAUUGGCGAGGGGUCGUUGAGGAAGGACGGCAAGCCGGAGCCAUCUGAUGACGAGUCGGCAUCCAGGCCACCGGACACGCCUACGCCAACUGGACGAAACACAAGACAAGGAACCAGGCGGAGCCGGCGACUGGCGUUGCGGCCGCCGCGCGAGACGGCGAGCAGGGUCGGCAGUACUUGCCCGAACGUGGCGCUUCACUGCGGGAGCUGCGCUACCGCCCGCGCACGUCAUCCUGUCGACCACAAGGAGUGGCUUCGCCUACUCCGGAAGCAGCUGGAACAGUCUCUCGACGACGGGAUCAGGCCAUUGGGGGAAGGUGGUGCGCGGGGUGUGCUUUUCCAAGUGACCCUACUUGCUCAUGGCUACACCUUUGUCAGCAAGGGCACGGUGCGGGCUUUCAUCAAAGAUCUCCAGCACGAGGCUGCUGUCUACGAGCGUCUCAAGCCAGUGCAAGGCGUCCACGUGCCCGUUUUCCUGGGUGCGGUUGACCUUCGAUCGAUGAACAAGACUUACUACUACGACCACCGGGUCUACGUGGUGCACUUGACAUUUUUGUCCUGGGGAGGCUGCAGCGUCGACGGAGCGCAGAGGGCUGGCGGCAUGAGCAGGUCGCUCGAAGACGAGGCCAUUCGGUCCUUGAGAGCCAUGCAUCGAGAGCGCGUGGUCCACAAAGACGUGAGGCUCGCAAACAUGUUAUUCAAUCCCGAGACCGGCGGGAUUAUGGUGAUCGACUUUGAACGGGCUUUGCUGCUCAACCCGCCUCGACGUCCGCUGGCGCAGCUGGUGCCGAACAAGCGAGCGUGGCAGUCGGAGACGAUGGAUGGCAAGAAGGUAACUGGUGAUUCGAGCAAGCGAAGUCGGUCAAGUCAAAGCUUUUUAGAGGAUAUCCGGUUGGCAAAGACGGCGUUCUUGGAGUGGAAUGCUAAGCCAUAG